UUGAUCGGUGGAGAGAGGCGCGACAGGCAGAGUUGGUAGUGAGUGGUCCAAGCGUGGCCCAGUGCUCGAGGAGAAGCCAUCGGGUCAGGCUACACGGCAACCCCCCUGACAUGCUUUUCGUCUAGGACUCAGCCCCGCCCUCCGAGACUCUCCCUCCACUAAGGUCAUCCUGCCUCAGUCAUCUCAGGACUAGUGGCUGGCCUGCGGGUUGGUGGUGCUAUUCUUGGGGACUGAGAGGUGGACGCAACCAUGAAGUGUAUUAGUGUGGUGGCGUGAAGUGCUGCCAGUACGUUGUGAGUGUGGAGGUAGUUGACCUGAUUUCCGUGCAAUCCACAAUGAGGCAUAAAGUGAGAUGGUGGUGUUCCCUUUCCCUGAUGCAGCAUCGGACAACAGUUGCCCUCAUACUGUUCUCGAUGUUCCCGACAAUGUUGGGUGUCUACACCCAGGAGAACGACAUCAACAUGCCUCACCAAGAGGUUGAAUUCUGGGCCAGGAAGAUCGGUAACCACAUAUACCACCUGUCGAACGCCUUCGCACACUACAAGGACAUCAAAGACAACUUCCACAACGAAAAAGCCACCCUGAAAGAGAAUGACGGCCUGAUGCUGGUGAAGGAGAUGGCCACCGACGUGAGCAACAUGAUGAAGUUCAAAGUGGAUGCCGUGAACCGCAUCAUGAACGUGGCGGAGGAAGCGUCGCUGGACAAAUACAAGCAGGAUGAGGCGGUCGAAUACUACAACGCCAAGAGGCUCAACCCCUCGACGGAGAAGGAGAUGGAGGACGAGAACUUCAGGAACUUAUCGCUGCAGCCCAAUUCUCACUUCGACGGCCUCCCCAUUAACGAGAGUGUUUCGUCCGUCCAUGUGCCCACCAACGUGUUCGACAAAUCGCCUGAAGUCAUCAACGCCAUCAGGUGGUCGGGCCGCCUUGACCGAACAUUCAAGUCGAACUAUGAGUUGGAUCCCACGCUGUCCUGGCAGUACUUCGGCUCAUCCACGGGCUUCCUCAGGCAGUACCCGGCUUCCGAGUGGGUGAUGGACGAGAAGGACCCAGACCUGUAUGACGCCCGCCUGCGCUCCUGGUACAUCCAAGCCGCCAGCAGCCCCAAAGACAUGGUGAUCCUCCUCGACGUGUCAGGCUCUAUGACGGGGCUGCGACGAGAGAUUGCUAAACACGUUGUACUAAAUAUCCUAGAGACGCUAAAUGAGAACGACUUUGUAAAUGUGUUCAACUUUAGUGCACACACCACUGAGUUAGUGCCCUGCUUCAAUGACUCUCUAGUGCAGGCCAACCUUGAGAACAUCGGUGAGUUCAAGAAGGCACUCAAGACCAUCGAGACCAAGGAAAUCGCCAACUUCACCCAGGCUCUCACAACAGCCUUCGAACUCCUCCGACGGGCAAACUCAAAGUAUAACCGGAGCGGUCAAGGGUCGCAGUGUAACCAAGCGAUCAUGUUGGUGACGGAUGGGGCACCUUACAACUUUGAGGAGAUCUUCGCGGAGUACAACUGGCCCCAGCUGCACGUGCGCGUGUUCACCUACCUCAUUGGCCGUGAGGAGAAGAAGGUGCGCGACCUUUCUUGGAUGGCUUGUGCCAACAAAGGUUACUUUGUGCAUGUGACUACGCUGGCAGAGGUGCGGGAGCAGGUGCUGAAGUACAUACCAGUGAUGGCACGGCCGAUGGUCAUGUACCAGAAUGAACACCCUCAUAUAUGGACAGGUGUUUAUGCGGACGUAGCGCACAAGAGACAUGGUCAUAUGGAUCCCAAGCAAAUUGAGUGGCUCUGGGAGGUUCGUGAGAGAAAGCGUCAGAUGGACCGCACCAACAACUACAGAAAGCUUCAGAAACUCGUAAAGGAUGGCGACUCGCUCCCUAACCAUUAUGUCCUUCAGGAUAAGUUUCAGGUGGAAACUUUCCUUAAAUAUGGACAAUUUGGCCUCAGUAGCAGAAGUAUCGCCCGCUUGAAGGCUGCCAAGGAGCGGGAGAUGAGGCGCCAACGCAUGAGGAGGAACGCUCAGAACUUCACGCUUAAACCAGAAGUCCGAGAAAAAAUAAGAAAUGAAAUUGAAUCUAUGUUGAGAAAGAAAAAUCAACGGAUGAAGAGAGAUGUGCUAGUCCUUAUUCCUAAUAAGAUACAUGAUUAUGACCUUUGGAAAUGGCACAGGCGUAUAUUAAGAGAACAGAAAAAAAUUGAAGAGUGGCUUGAGGAUGUCAGGAUGGGUCGCAGGGGAGCUCCGGGCCUGAAGGAGGGUUAUCGCCUCAUGACCUCAGUGGCUGUGCCAGUGUUUGACCGGAAAAAGACUUCGAACAUCACCGAGAGAGUAUUGGUCAAUGAGUCCGUUUGGGUGUUAAGGAAGAGAGAGAUGAAGACUGCCAACCUGCUUGGCGUGGCGGGAACAGAUGUCCCUAUACGGGAAAUUGAAAAAUUGGUGCCCCCUUACAAGCUUGGAGUCAAUGGUUACUCCUUCAUGGUCAACUCUAAUGGAUAUGUGCUGUAUCAUCCAGACCUGAGGCCAGUGCACCAAGAAUCAAAUGCUGAGUUUCAAGACAUCCUUAAGCCCAACUAUAACAGUGUUGACUUUGCUGAGGUGGAGCUGACUGACUUUGAUUCUGAUCCUCGAGGCAACAAAUCUAAGCUCCUUGAGCUCCGUCGGGAUUUGGUGAACCAGGAGGAAAGGGAACUAGAGCUGAAUGUCAAAAUCCAUCUAGAUAACAUGAAACGUGUGGUUCAGAGGAGGCAGAGGUACUAUACACAGAAGAUCAAGGGAACGCCCUUCAGUUUGGGUAUUGCUGUGCCUGAGGGGUAUGGCAGGUACAAGGUGCAUGGCCAGAUCGAGUUGUCACGAGCAAUUCAGGAUCCUAGGCGAACUGAUGCCAUGGCUCACUUCUCGACUGGCAACUGGACUCUCCAUCCUGACUGGGUAUACUGUGAAUACAAGUAUGACCAGCAUCAGGAGGAUCAGAGUCCAGAAGGCCUAAUGAAGGACUUCCUUUCCCGUGCACAAAAACCCAACUGGAAGUGGCGUUCCACUCGUACCCGCCCACCGCCUGAGCCCACCACGGGUCAAGCCCAGUACCAGCAAUGGAAACCUUCAGUGGCAAGCGAUGACAGAAAGGAGAAUUAUUUUUGUGACAAGGAUUUGGUGCAGUCACUUCUGUUUGAUGCCCGUGCUACUAACGUGUAUUCAAACACCGUUAAAAUGGAAGAUAAAAUAGAAGGGAAGAAUCCAGUGGCGAUUUACAUAUUGCUUUUAAGCAUGGGAAGCCAAAACUUUGGCAUUACAACUGCCUUCGUGGCCACCCGCAGUGGAUUAACUCGAUGGCUAGAUGUUCCUUCAGAAUCGUCUUCUAAUAGCAGUAACUCCAAUCAGCCGCACUUCCUGAAGGUGCAUAACCGUGCCAUUGAUGAGGUGUGGUACAAGCGAGCCGUGGACUACUACCAGGAGGACAAAGAGGCUUAUGUUUACUCUGUUCCAUUUGAUGCUGCCACUCGUGACCCUGAUGAAGUGAUGGUAACAGCAACACGUGCCAUCUUUAUUGAGGAAAACAGCUACAGAAUGGCUCCUGCAGCUGUUGUAGGCGUCACCAUCAAGCACAGGAAGUUUGUUGACUUCUUCAAAAAUGAAACCUACAAGUGCCCCUCCUACCCCACUCGGGACUCAAGUUGCAAGAAAACCAAGACAUGUGAGAGCAAGUCAUUGAAUUGUUAUUUACUAGAUGACAAUGGCUUCAUUAUUGCCUCUGAAAAUGAGGACGACACUGGAAAGUUCUUCGGGACUCUUGAAGGCACCAUCAUGGAAUCUUUGGUACAGAGUGAAGUCUACAAGAGAAUACAAAUUCAUGAUUAUCAAGCAGUAUGCCUUGACAGUCAAGAUGAGCCCAGCAUGGGCUCCAUCCUUACCACGCCUAUUCAAAUGGUGAAGUGGCUCGGUAACUGGAUCAUGGGCAACAUAUUUUGGGUUUUAGUGAAAACACAGCUAUACACCCUGUGGGAUCCCAAUGAAGCAUGGGCAUACACCCAAGCCCAGUGGGACCCCAAUGCUGCACCUACUGAUGAAGUGACAUAUUCCAAGGGCCCCAUCAAUCACCAAAAUGCUUUCAAUGAAUAUCAGGAAACAAUUACUGACGAGACUGAAUUUACUGAGGAGAGCUCUGGUGGAGGUUCUGGAGAUGGCAUGGAAGAUGGUUCUGGUUUGGAAGGUUUAGGUGGAGAAGAGUUGGCCUUAUAUGAAGAGGUUUUGGAGUAUGAGGUUCAGGACUACUUGGAUGGUAUUCCAACCGAUGAUGUGGGACAGGGUCAUAGUACUAAAUUAGAAGAGGAUGGUGACUUUCCUGGCCUUGAGAAAUUGAAGAAGGAAGGCUACCCGAUCCAGCUGGCAUACAUAAACAAAACUCACCCAAGACCCUGUGACAAGACAGUGUACUUGUAUAAACUUCAGAGCAAAAAAUUACAACAGGAAGGGGCUUACAAGCCUGUCAAGGGGAAGCUUUCCAACUGCCAUACAAAUGGAUGUGGCAGGCCCUUCAGUGUACAGAAGGUCAUCCAGACCAAUCUGAUUCUUGUAGCUGUCAACAGCUUAUGUCCAUGUGAAUCAAGAAAAGUUGACAUUGAGCCUGUUGAAGUACAACACAAUGAAACAACAUACUGCAAUCGACUGCUUCUACAACACUACCGCAAACGACCUCAGCCUUGUUUCCACUACCAUCCUGAUGAACAUGAAAUCAAGCUUUGCGGAGGAGCUGGAAGCCUUGGCUUUUCUUCAGUGACCAUUCUUGCCCUGCUGUUAGCACACAUAUGCAACUCCAUGAUGCAGUCAUGAUACAUGCGUCCGCUACAUUAGUGACUUGAGACGUGGCUGAAACAACUCACACAACAAGAGAUUAAUGAUGUCUCUUUUCUCAUUACUGUUUAGCUAAUGUCUUUAAAGGAGAAAAGGGCCAACAUGCUUUCAAAGAAAAUGAUCUUUUCCAGUUAUCGACAUGCAUCUAGCAGUAUCUACAUAUUGCAAUAGUUAAAGUUUAUGAUUGUUCAAACAAAUCACUAAGGGAAGCAUUAGUCAAUUUUGUACAUACAUAAAAUUACAUUUUUGCUAUAAUUUUGAAAUUAUACUCACACUAAUUCCUGCUUCCACACUAUUGACAAAAGAUAAGUGAAGGGAAGGGAAGAGGCUUUGGGACAGUGGAGAGGAUCUCAGUUUGAUGGUUUGUUCUCUGUUAACUGAAAAAGAAAAAAAAGAUUACACUUUGUCUAGUAAAUUUCCAUGUACAGGUAGUGAUUUUACUCACUGGAAUCUGCAAGGACAUUACCCCCUCUUCAUAUAUGGAAAGUUACAUUUGUGUGUGUUAUGAGAGUGCUCAGGCCUUUUGUUCACUGAUCAGUGCUAUAGAGUAGUGGAAAAAAAUGAAAGCAGAACACCUGAAAUGAAUGUGCCAUUAUCCAGUUGAAACUUUCCUUAGAGGUGGGCAGAUUGUACCUCAUGCUAUGGAAGCCUGCAUUUUCUCAUACAUGAAAUGUUCUAGUGAGAAAGAAAAUGCCCUUUUGUAAAUGUACUGAAAAUGUUGUCACCAUUAUCAUCCAGACUCAGCCCCUCAUCAGUACUACUAGUGUAUUGUAUGUAAUUAUUAGUGUGUAUGUGAACCUAUGUCAAAAUUUGUUGCUAACUUUACUCUCAGAAUCUUCAUCACCAGGAAUGGGACACUUCUGGGACAGGAGGCAUGAUACUAACAUCUAAAUGUCAACUUAUUGUUUCAUCAUUGUCUUUUGUAAAUCUUGUCACUUCUGCUGGUCUCCAAUUCUGUUUCUUACAAGUUAUAUUUGGCAUAGAAUUAUUCAUUUAUUCUUCCAUUUUUUAUGAGAUAGUAUGAGGAUGUUAGCAAUUGAAAAGACAUGAGGAUGUGUAUUCCAUGAGUUACAAACAUUUAGUUACAGUACAGUACAGGGGGCGUUGGCUCCUGCUUUUAUCAUACAUUUUGGUUGCUAGUAGACAUUAGAUAUUUGUACCACCAGUGAACAUUAUUCAUGAGUGGUCAAGUAAGAGUCAUAUCAAACGGUGACAUACAUUUAAAGUUGUCACUGUCCAUAAGUUGUCCCUUUUGUGGGGCUUGCCUUUCAGUUGUUGUUUACUGUUAUUAGUUGUGUAAAUGAUUGAUUUACUUAUAUAUACUUAUAAUGCAUAAAUAUAAAUAUAUAUAUUGACAGUUUAUAUAUGGCAGUAUUAGGGGGUAUGGGACCUCAACUGUGAUGAGACGUUGGCGAGAUGAUGACACAAGAUGAGAGGCCACUCACUAUCUAGAAGGAGCAGUAUCCUAAGAAGACUGCUACGAUGAAAGAAAAUAUUCCUCAUAGGUCCACUGUCAUGACGGCUGCUGUGUUCUACAUAGGUAGCCUUUUGAGGCAAAAGUUACUGAGGAAAUUAAGUAGCCUCAUUCCUCAUCUCCUUUGUAGACAUGAAAGAAUUUCCUCAAGGCAGUCAUUGUAAUUAUGAUGUUAUCAUACAGUGUGACUCCACAAUCCCUCUUCCCCUUUCCUAUACCUACAGACAGCAGUUUUUUAUAUCUUUUUGAAAUGAGUAUAUGACAGUGUUUCCUGAAGCUAUCAGUAAAGAAAAUUAGCUACUCAUAUACCAGUAAAUGAAGGAAAAGUUUGUAAAUAUCUUUCUUCUAAUGAGUGAGAUAUAUCCUAAGGAGAAUGAAAGGUUAGGGGAAACUAAGACUUGUAACAUGAAGAUCAACAUUUUCUGGAUAUAUGGGGAGCUACAAUGGUCUUCCGAUGUAGUUAUUAGAAUGCAGAAAGUGUACAAAGUGGCUGGAAGAGGACAGAUACUGUUCUAGGUAGUGAAUUGCCUCUGUCUUUCAGUUCCCCAGCAAUUAUGGGUGUGAGAAUAUUUUGCUUAGUGUUAGUUUGGCAUGAUCCCUCUGCCACACUGGGGGAUUAAAUUAGAGUUGAAUGAGUCUUGAAUUUGUACAUAACUAAGAUCUUCAAAGUGAGAAAAUCCAUGUUGUAGUUGUUUAAGUGAGUCAACAUUUCACACUAGAAAUUAUUUAAGACUACUGACAAAAGCUGUUAUGAUGGCAUAAUUCCAAAAUGACAUUAAUCUUAGCAACUCUACAUGUAAUUUAUGUAUGGUAUUGUUUCAUCAGAUACUAGAACUUUUAAAUGUUGUCGGGUUUCUUGCUGAACGACUGUGUUCACUACCUGAAAAAUCAGAGUCGUGAUGUAAGUAAAGGGUAGUGGACUUAGAUCUUUCCUUGCAGGGGUAGACAAGCUCUUGCAUCGGGAUGAAGGUACAGGUCUCUUAUUUACUUGAAAUUCACACCCAGGUGUUUUUACUGUUGUGAACUUUGAACUCGCUUUGAUGUGUCCACUUCUUGUGUUAUGAAACUGUAAAAAUUAACCUGUAUAUCCAUGAAAAGAAUAUUUUCAUCAUAGUUGCAGUCAGACAGUUUAUCACUUGCUGAACUAAUAAGGGAAUGCAAAAAGGAAAGUUAAUGCCAUUAUUCUUCCAUAGUCUUAUGAAAAGCUUUUUUAUCCUAUCUGUUGUGAAAUGCACAUGUGUAGUUGUGUUAAAAGAUAAUAUAUUAUUUACUUCAAAAUUUUAUCAGGCCUGAUAUCUAGUGUGAAAUUGAGGCAAAUAAUCAAAAUGUUGCUGAUGCUGCAUAUUCCAAACUGAUUUGUUAAACACUCUCUAAGAAGCUUUUUAAACCUUCAAAAUGUGAAAUAUCAGCAGUGAGCUUUUACCUGGUGGCAGCAAAUGGUUGAAAGUUUCAGAGACAGGGCAUCAUGUGUCUGCCAUAAAGGCACAUCCUCUGUUUCUGGAAGUAACACGUGUGCUCCAAUUGUUCUGCAGUUCCUUCCACCUGAAACUGUAGUCAGUAACUUUCUGUCGCCAGGUAAUGCCAAGCCAUGUGCAGACAAGGAAGUGCUGUUCUGUUAUUUGCCCAAUUUCCAAAAUAUUUUUUGACAACUUUCUCUUUCCAUGAAAAUUUGGUGUCACUGUGGCAAAGUCUUUUUGCCAGGCACACCUCUACCUCCCCACAGACCAGAGGGAGGGAGAGACAUCCCCUCUUGUGGCUUGUGUGCAAUUGGACUUUUAUCAUUAUUAUAUAUUUUCUUGUUCUCGUGUACCUAUAACUGUGGGCUAAUUUUAUUCCAAUUAAUGUUGACUUUCUCUAUGAACUGCAUAAUAUUGAAUUGUUCCCCUUUUUUAGAUAAAUGAUAACAAAACAGGGGAGAAAUUUUUGCUAAUGAAGCUUUAGAUAGACGGCCAAGGUCUCCACUGUGGUGAGGAGCCGGCCCUCGGUGGGGACACUCCCGUCCUGAGGCUGGUGAUCAGAAUAUAUCAUGAGUUAGUUAGUGAUCAUGGAAUACUUAGAAUAAAAUACCUUCCAUGCAGUUAUUUCAUAUUAUCAUAUUUCAGAAUUUAUUUAUAUAGGGAAAAAUACCUUGCAUUAAGAGAGAAUCCCUGCAUUGUACUUUAUUUCAUAACAAAUGAUAAUAGGUAAUCUACCAUUUAAGGGCCAAGCUAAGUAGGGCGACAGGUCUCUCUGGAUGUGGACCAACCAGCACCAUCCCUCUACAUGAUGCCACUCUUGUCCCAUACCAAUCAGCCAUGCAGAGCUCUAUACCCUUUAAAUUAGGGUAAAAUUUUUUCAAUAAUUCCUAACCAGUUCCAGAAUCUUUCCAAGAUGGUAUAGAUACAAGUACCACACUUCACACUGACCAAGCAUCACCACCUUUCCUUGACGUUAACAACGUUCCUCCAGAGUUUCUAAAGGUUGUCAUGCAUUAUGGCUAUAGUUAUCUUUCAAUGCCAUGUGUAAGCUGCUGCAGAAAAGUAUCAUUAUCAAGCUACAAUGGAUCGCACUGCCUAUUUUGCAUCAUUAUCUGACCUAAUAUGGUAAGCAAUGCUGAUAUAAGAUACAAGGACAAAAGGACUGUGAUAUUAAUGGUAAAAACGUCAUAAAUACUUGAAGGAGAACGUUGAAAAUCACUUCAGUGCACUGCAGGGUCGACAAUGACUGGUGGUGGUACUCUUUACAUGUACUCCUUCGCCCGCUCCACACGGCACAUCAUGCCAUCAAGCGCUAUCUUGCAGCAAUGCAGGUUUUGUUUAAAAUCUAAUGCACUCAUCACAACAAUGAGGAGAGAUCUGUCGCCCUGGGGUCAUUAGUGAGGGGAAGCUGAUGACCUGUUUUAUCGGGUCAGUUUAGGUCAGGUGCAAAGAAAACUGCUACUUCAGACUCCAUCAGUGAUUGACUUUUGCAGGUUAUAUCAGGGCAAAGUAAAAUUUUAUCGCUAUUGUCUCAAUUUUUUGUUAUUUUCAUUUCAAAACUAAUUGGCAAGCAAUGUCGUGCCAAUCAACAUAGUGUAAUUUCAUUCACGUCUAUUCUUAUUAUUUUCUAUGUCCAAAGAAUACGGUCACCUUUGGCAAAGCCAGGCCAGCACAUCAGGGUAAUGGAGUCAUUGCACCUGACCUGUGACCCGUAUCAGGAGGACAGUGACCUGAACGUCAUGCUGUUGUCUGACCGGUGCUGCCUGAGGUACGCUUCUCGGGAAAUUCCAAUAUGCAUAUGUAUACAUAAAUAUAUACUAUAUGCAUAUGUAUUUAUAUAAAGACUGGUUUCGAGACAUAUAAUUGCCUUUUUAGAAGAUUAGUGGAUGCCUUUAAUCUCAUUUAUUUAUGCCUGUGAAAACUAUGAAAAGGUAGAGGUAUUUUCAGUGUGUCACAAAUGGGUCAGAAUUAAGAACAAUAAAAAUCAGCUAAUUUCCAUUUAUAUUGAUAAGAAAAAUUGCACAGUUUAAUUCUUAUAAAAAAAUGUAAGGGUGAUUCUUUAUAAGUAUAUAAUCUAGUGAUGUGAUAGUAACAUAAAGAGGGCUAGAAAGAUUGAAGAGUGAUUUUGGAAUGGGGCUUAGAGAACAUCUCAUGAUCAUUUGUUAUCACAUCAGUAGGAGAGGUAAUCAAUGCCCUCAAAAACUUUCCUUGACAUUAUCUGACCUGAAAUCCAAAAAAGUAGGUGACACUUUUGAACAUAUACAUAGGUCUCUUUACAGGUGCAGUGUCAAUCACUCAAAAAUAUAAAAGAAUGUUCAAUGUGGAGGUAUUGGUGGCAGCUGGCACUUUGCUGGCACACUACCAGGCCCCACAAGGACAGUUUGUCCUUGGUUGUAAUCCCAGGCGGUGCUCGAUGCCAAUCUUCGUCUCAAACUUUCUUAGCCGGAAUGGAUGACCAAAACAUUAUGGCUGUUAUGAAAGGAUAUUGCAAAUCUCUGUAAGUUCUAAAUGGCCAAUCUGUCUUAGCAAAACAGAGCCAAUUAGUACAUAAAAAAAAGCUGUUCAGCCCAUGUUGCAGUAAUUGUUUGUAUAACUCAAGCCUAGUGUUGUGACAUCCAGCCCGGCUGGGACUUGUCCCGGCUUCUCUUGUUUAUCGAUGUUGCCUCAGUAUCUGAGUGUUCUGUUUCUCACUUUGUUUUAUACAAAUUCACCAGUAAUCCACAAAACUGAUGUCUCCUGUUGCAAGAAGACUGUGCAGCUAGGAAUCCUUAGUCUGUCAUGUUGGUCUCAUGUGCUAAAUAAUGUAAUCUAAAACCCUCGUCUUCCAAGCACAUGCAACUUUCAUUCUUCACUCCUUAACAUUCACUGCAUUCAGCAAAAUUGGAACAUAAGUAGUUAUCAAUUAUACUAGAAUUUUCAAAUCAAUGCAAUCUAUACAUCAAACUAUUCACUGCAUUAUGCAGCAAUCACUCUCACAGGCCAGCUUUAUGAGACCACUGAAACUGCCACUGCUAGAGAUUUAUGGUGACUAAAGACUAAUGACCACAGACUCUGGCAGGUGGCAGCUCUACCCAGGUCACUCAGAUACUGACCCCGGCAUGGCUUCGUAGCUAAACUUUCAGGUGACGUGUUCUUCUAACCUCCCUGUGUAACGGUUUCUUCCAUGCGACGCCUUCGCUCCUCACGAGAGUUCAUUUGUAUCCUGAGGACACAAUAAAAUGUUAAUUGUCA